GUAUGGCAUAGGCGCUUUUACGCACGACGCUCAGUUCCGCUUGUCUUUGGCACUCAUAGUUAAGGCGCGAUCAUGAUUCUCUCCAGAGAAUUUGAAGCGCCUCACCAAACUGCACUUUCUAUGGAUGAGAGUGAGAUCGAUAUAGAAGGUGACGAAGACCCUAGCCACCCGCUGGUGUUCAGAAACCACUGCUCCACGGACGCUGGAUCAUCGGCAGAGUUUGACUCCUCAGAGGCCGACUCUUCUGGAGAAGGAGAGAGCAGCUUUUACGCGGACGAUCCGACGCCCAGGAAGAGCCAGAGCAGCUCGGUAAAACCUCCCUACUCCUACAUCGCCCUCAUCACCAUGGCCAUCCUGCAGAGCCCGCUGAAGAAGCUGACGCUGAGCGGCAUCUGUGACUUUAUCAGCAACAAGUUCCCCUACUACAGGGAGAAGUUUCCCGCUUGGCAAAACUCCAUCAGACACAACCUCUCUCUCAAUGACUGUUUCAUCAAGAUCCCAAGGGAGCCUGGGAACCCGGGCAAAGGUAACUACUGGUCUCUGGACCCUGCGUCUGAGGACAUGUUUGACAACGGCAGCUUCCUGCGCAGAAGAAAGCGGUUUAAGAGGAACCAGCCUGCAUUCAGCAGAGACGGACUGUUUUACCCCAGCCUGAGCAGAUACAGGCCGUACGGACAGUCGUUUUACGCACAAGGGCAGGUAAACUUUGUACCAGCUCCUCCUGUUCGGUACAUAUCCCUGCAGGAUGGUACCAUGAUGCCCCCCUCUUCUUACCACCUUUCACCACAUGUUUUUAACGCCCAUGGGAAACUCACUGGGGCCAAAGACUCCAGGGCGCAGCCGUGCUUAACAGAGCCAAAGUUUGGUACGCACGCAAAGUUCUCAUUUAGCAUUGACAGCAUAAUGAGCAGGCCAUCUUCCAUCAGUAAUCAGAAACCAUACCCGCCUCAUCCUCUUCACAGCAGACUUGGAUUUGGUCAUCAGAUAUCAAACCCGGCAGCCCAUUUGGUACCAACCCUCCUGCAUCCUUUGAAGGCUCCCCUCUGUCUCCCUGAAACGCUGAGCAGCCCACCUUUUACAAACGGGCAUCUCAUGCUCUCUUACACUCGGUGCUGAAGCUACCCGAGACAUUAUCACUUCUUUUUCUGUUUCUUAAAGAAAUACUUUAACUGCAUGACAUUUAUGUGCUUAUUCUUGGAAAUGUGUAGUAAUAUAUCUGGGACAGGCAGAUUCAA